AUGGGAAACCAAAACUCCAAAGAGGGUGGAGGCUCCAAGGGCUCCGGGCCCGGAGACAAUCUGCAGUCGUACCCAUCCUUCGGCAAGUCGGACACAAAGGAAUCAUCGCGUUCAUUUAAGGCACUGCGAUCGAAGAUACCUGGUAGUGGCAAGUCCGACAGCCCGCGCAGCUCGACGAUACUCUCUAACGGAGAUGCCUCGGGUGGAGACAAGUCAGACGCCGCAUCCGUGAGGUCUGGGAGGAGCAGUCGAUCAGGCGUGUCGAGGGCAAGUCGUGCCGAUUCUACCGCAACGCCCGCGUCGCCAAGGUCCCGGCCAUCUAUAGACACGGUGACAUCGCCCAUGGACGACAACGACCAGCCGCCACAGCCACCCUCUCCCAUCCAGUCUGCUUCUAUGAGAGCCGGGCAUGGGGACAUCAGCGCUGCUCAAGCCUCGGGCGAGGUGGACCACGUGUCAGACCAGCCGCCUUCCGCGGGGGUGAACCCUCACCCGCAUAUGCAACUGCAGCCUGGAGCCCCGAUUCUAGUCAAGAAGGAGAAUACCAUCAACCCGGUUUCGGGAGGGUCAUCAAAGGACGACCUGACUCCGGGUGGUGUCGCUAUGAGCGACAUUAAGGAUAUCGACCUGGAUGAUUUCAUCAAGCGCCUCCUAGACGCCGCAUAUGCCGGAAAGGUGACCAAAAGCGUCUGUCUGAAGAAUGCCGAGAUUGUCGCCAUAUGUCAGAGGGCACGCGAGUGUUUUCUGUCCCAACCAGCAUUGUUAGAGCUCGAUGCACCAGUCAAGAUCGUCGGCGACGUUCACGGACAGUUUACCGACCUGAUCCGCAUGUUCGAGAUGUGCGGUUUCCCCCCGAGCUCCAACUUCCUCUUCCUCGGCGACUACGUCGACCGCGGUAAACAGUCGUUGGAGACCAUCCUACUGCUCCUAUGCUACAAGCUCAAAUAUCCCGAGAAUUUCUUCCUGCUACGAGGAAACCACGAAUGCGCCAACGUCACGAGGGUCUACGGAUUCUACGAUGAAUGCAAGCGCAGGUGCAAUGUCAAGAUCUGGAAGACGUUCAUUGACUGUUUCAACACCCUACCGAUCGCUGCCAUCGUUGCUGGAAAGAUCUUCUGUGUUCACGGUGGUCUUUCUCCAGCCCUCGGUCACAUGGACGACAUCCGCAACAUUGCCAGGCCUACCGAUGUUCCUGAUUAUGGAUUACUGAACGACUUGCUCUGGUCUGACCCUGCCGACAUGGAGGCCGAUUGGGAGGCCAACGAGAGGGGCGUCAGUUACUGCUUUGGGAAAAAGGUUAUUACCGAUUUCCUCGCGACACACGAUUUUGACCUGGUCUGUCGUGCCCAUAUGGUUGUCGAGGACGGCUACGAAUUCUUUAACGACAGAGUUCUGGUUACGGUCUUCAGCGCACCCAAUUACUGCGGCGAGUUCGAUAACUGGGGAGCGGUCAUGUCUGUUUCAUCGGAACUGCUCUGUAGUUUCGAGCUUCUCAAACCACUCGACUCAUCUGCGCUCAAAAGUCACAUUAAGAAGGGCAGGAACAAGCGCAACACCAUGCUCAACAGUCCGCCCGCUAGCGUGUACCCUCAGAGCGUAUAG